UCGCGCGCACCUGUGGGACCGUAGCCGCCACCCCGCGGGGCGUCCCCCGACCUUCCGGGUUCCCAGUUUUCCAACUCUGAAGUGUUUUCCAAUCAAAACAAAGAAAAGAUUUGUGGAUGUUGAAUAUACAAGGAGCUGAAGAGAGAGAGCUUGGAAGAGAGGUUUGUCCAGAUUUGAUGGACAGGUCUGUUCCAGAGCAGGAUGUCUCUGAAAUUAAUUCACCAGGGAUAGUAGCAAAGAGAUUACCAGAGGAUGUGAACCAGGAUUCUAUAUUUGAAAAAAAAUAUGCAUGUGAGAGCAUGAAGGAAAACCCUUCUGGAGAGGUUCCUGGACCAUGCCUUUUUCAAGAACGAGGUUUGGGGGAAAUAACUUUUAUCCACAAGGAAGCAUCUCCUGAAACAAUUAGCCAAGAAUACAAUUUUGAGCAGAGCUUGCUCUUGACCUCCAACUUUGUUACACAUCUCAGGGUUUCUACAGAAGAGAGCCGACAUCAGUGGGAGACAAGUAGCAUACACACUAAUGAGAUUUCAGACCAAAGUAAAUGCCCAACUCUCUCUACACAGAAAAAGUCUUGGGAAUGUAAUGAAUGUGGAAAAACUUUUACUCAGAGCUCAUCCCUUACCCAACAUCAGAGGACUCAUACUGGAGAGAGACCUUAUGCAUGUGAGGAAUGUGGGAAAGCCUUUAGUCGAAGUUCCUUCCUUAUUCAGCAUCAAAGAAUUCACACCGGAGUAAAACCAUAUGGAUGUGAGCAGUGUGGGAAAACAUUUCGAUGUCGAUCAUUUCUUACUCAGCAUCAGAGAAUCCAUACUGGAGAGAAACCUUAUAAAUGUAAUGAAUGUGGGAAUUCCUUCCGCAAUCAUUCACAUCUCACUGAACAUCAGAGAAUUCACACUGGAGAGAAACCUUACAAAUGUAAUAGAUGUGGGAAGGCAUUCAAUCAGAACACACACCUCAUUCAUCAUCAGAGGAUUCACACUGGUGAGAAACCUUAUUUAUGCAAUGAAUGUGGCUCUUCUUUUCGCAAACACUCAAAUCUCAUACAACAUCAGAGAAUUCACACUGGGGAAAAACCCCAUAAAUGUGAUGAAUGUGGGAAAACUUUCCAAACAAAGGCAAACCUCUCUCAGCAUCAGAGAAUUCAUACUGGAGAGAAACCGUAUAAAUGUAAGGAAUGUGGCAAGGCCUUUUGUCAGAGCCCAUCCCUUAUUAAACACCAGAGAAUUCAUACUGGAGAAAAACCCUAUAAAUGUAAGGAAUGUGGCAAAGCUUUUACUCAGAGUACCCCACUUACUAAGCACCAGAGAAUUCACACAGGGGAGAGACCCUACAAAUGCAGUGAAUGUGGUAAAGCCUUCAUUCAGAGCAUUUGCCUCAUUCGGCAUCAGAGAAGUCACACUGGAGAAAAACCCUAUAAAUGCAGUGAAUGUGGGAAGGGCUUUAAUCAGAAUACCUGCCUCACUCAGCAUAUGAGAAUUCAUACUGGAGAGAAGCCCUAUAAAUGUAAAGAAUGUGGGAAAGCCUUUGCUCAUAGCUCAUCUCUUACUGAACAUCACAGAACUCACACUGGUGAGAAGCUCUAUAAAUGUAGUGAAUGUGAGAAAACUUUCCGCAAGUAUGCACACCUUAGUGAACAUUACAGAAUUCACACUGGUGAGAAGCCUUAUGAAUGCUUUGAAUGUGGAAAAUUCUUCAGACAUAGUUCAGUCCUUUUCAGACAUCAGAAACUUCACAAUGGUGAAUAACCCUGGCAUUCAGGUUAUGGCAGCUUUUCU